CGUCGAAGUAACUUGAUCCUUAAAUAUACUUAGAUUCGGAUUCUUCUAAAUGAAUCGUGUCCUCUAAAUCCAACAUCUAAAGCGCGCCUUUUGGAGAACGGAAACUAAGAAAAUGACGGGGGCGCCGGCGGAGGCUCUUCUAGAGGAACUCAUACGGCGGUGCGCCACCUUCCCCCACGUCAAGCAGCUCCACGCCCACCUUCUCGCCACUGGACUCUUCCGCCGAUCUCCUCGGCUGCGCGUCGCAUUUCUCGAGCUCUGUUCCCUUUCCCCUUUCGGCGAUCUCACUCACGCCCUCGCCGCAUUCCGCUCCGCCUCCCACACCACCACCAACGACUGGAAUACCAUCAUCCGCGGCAUCGCUUCUGGUCCUGACCCCGCCUCUUCCUUCGUCCUCUUCUCCCAUAUGCUUUCGAUCUCCCCUCCUCGCCCCGACGCCCUCACCCUGUCCUUCACCGCCCGCGCCGCGGCUCGCUCUUCGGCCGGACCCGCCGCCCUCCAGCUCCAUGCCCUUGCCCUACGCCUCGGCCUCGCCGCUGACGUGCGGUUACUCACUACUCUCCUCGAUGCCUACGCCAAGUGCUCCCUCCCCGAUGCCGCCCUUCAGUUGUUCGACGAAAUGCCGCUUCGAGACGUCGCCGCCUGGAACGCCCUCCUCGCGGGACUCGCUCUUGGCCCUCAUCCCCACACAGCGCUCGCUCUCUUCCGCCGCAUGAUAUCCUCGUCGCUUCCUGAUCGGGAGUCCCCCAACGAGGUCACCAUCAUCGCCGCCGCUUCUGCUUGCGCUCAGCUUGGCACCGCCCAGGACGCCGACGCUGUCCACGAAUUUGCCCGGCAGCGCGGCCUCGACGCCGAUAUACGUGUUCGCAACGUCCUCGUGGACACCUACGCUAAGUGCGGCGCCCUGGACCGCGCGCUCGACGUCUUCCGUUCCACCCCUCGUAAGACGCUCGUCUCCUGGAACACCGCCCUCAUGGCUCUCGCGAUGCACGGGCACGGCGCCCGCGCUCUCCGCCUCUUCGAGGCCGAGAUGCUCCCCUCCUCUGGCGUCGUUCCCGACGCCAUCACCUACCUCGCCGUCCUCUGUGGGUGUGUCCACGCCGGCCUGGUGGACGACGGUCUCCGUGUCUUCCACUCGAUGCGCGGCGUCCGCCCGACGGCCAAACAUUACGGCGCGGUGGUGGACCUUCUCGGCAGGGCUGGCCGUCUGGCGGAGGCGCGCGCGCUCGUGGACGCCAUGCCCUUCGCCCCGGACGCGGUGCUUUGGCAGACGCUGCUGGGGGCGGCGCGCACCCACGGGGAUGUGGUGCUUGCGGAGCACGCGGCCGAUGCUCUGGCGGCGAGAGGCUCCAGGACGUGCGGCGAGUACGUGCUUCUGUCGAACGUGUACGCGGUGAAGGCGCGGUGGGGCGACGUGGGGCGAGUGCGGGACGCGAUGCAGGGUGACGACGUGCGGAAGGUGCCGGGGUUCAGCUACACGGAGGUGGGCGGUGAACUGCACCGGUUCCUGAACGGCGACACGCAUCACGAGCAGUGGAGGGAGAUCUACGCGAAGCUGGAGGAGGUGGAGGCGCGAGUGAGGGCACUGGGGCACGUGCCGGCGACGGAGGGGAACGUGUUGCACGACGUGGAGGAGGAGGACAAGGAGCGGGCUAUCUACCAACACAGUGAGAAACUGGCUAUGGCGUUCGCGUUGGCGACGACGCCGGCGGGGACCUCGAUACAGGUGAUAAAGAACCUGCGCAUCUGCGUUGACUGCCACGCCGUGGCCAAACUCGUCUCCAAAGCUUAUCGGCGGGUGAUCACGGUGCGCGAUCGAGCAAGAUUCCACCGGUUCCAAGAUGGAGAAUGUUCUUGUGGCGAUUACUGGUGAUUCAUCUAAUUAUGUUCAUCCGCUGCUCCUGAUUAACUUCAAACAUCAUAUACCGUUUACAAUUAUUUUUCA